CGCGCCUGUAGGGGCAGCUGCGGCGGCGGCCCGGGCCUGAGGAGGCGUUGUCGCCCCAGGCUUAACCCGGGGACCGCCAAGGGGCAGGUGAGCUCCCGGCAGUUCUGUCACCGCCGCCAACGGGGACCGAAAUCUUCACGGAGGGUUUGUGACUCGGGCCUGACCGGAUUCUGGACACCCGUGGACCCAGGCACAGUCAGGCGGGCGCAGCAAAAAAAAUCGAUCUAGUGGCCUCUUCACUACCGCGGUGCCUUGGUCGUUUUCCUGUUUCCUCUGCCUCUCCUCGGACUCCAGGGCUGCCCCUGUUCCUGGGGGCCCCGAGAUUCAGGCCUUUGGUUCGGGAAGUUGGCAGAUGAGGAUGUGACCUUCUCCUGCCUGGGAAGUCUCGAGUGCUCAGGUUUUCAGUGUGCCCCUGAGGUGGCAGUUUAUAUAAAGGAAGCACUGGGACUUGUGGCCACACCCUUCAAGAGUAAAAAAGUAUUUAAAAUAUGGAACCACCAUGUACAUUACGUGAAGAAGAACAAGAGCCAGAACCACAGAAAAGUGUAGGAGAAACCAAACAAGUAGAUGAUGAAGAUGCUGAACUGAUUUUUGUUGGAGUGGAACAUGUAAAUGAAGAUGCUGAUCUGAUCUUUGUUGGGAUGACCUCAAAUUCAAAACCAGUCGUUUCAAACAUAUUGAACAGAGUUACCCCAGGUUCAUGUUCAAGGAGAAAAAGGUAUGGUCACUUCAGGAAAGAUAAUGCUCACAAAUUACAGCCUGUUAGUCAUGUGACUCCUACAUCGGAAGCAAAGACUGUCUUGCCGGUUUCUGACUCUGAAUCAAGAUCAACAGAUAGUCCUAUUAUUGAGCCUUUGUCUAAACCUGAUUAUAAAAAUAUUUCACCACAAAUAGUGCCUAAUAGCUUUUCAGAGUUAUGUUCUCCUUUGAUUACCUUCACAAGUUCAUUGCAGCAUCCAGUAGAAACAGCAGUUUCUGCAGGAGAUAUGAAUAAAAGUCCUCAUGUAUCAAAGCGACUUUCCACUUCUGAAACAAAUAGCACAAAUCCCAAAAGGCCUAAACUCAGUGAUGGAAUUAUAGGGGAACCUUCUUUAGCUUUGUCCCCUUCAGGUAUUUUUCAUACAGUGACUACUCAGCAAAGCACACCAGACAGUGUUCAUACCUCAUUAAGCCACGUUCAGAAUGGAGAACCUUGUCCAACAGCUUUUCCAAAGGACAAUGUUCAUUGCAAGCCUGUAAGUUCUUUUGGGGAAAAUGGACUGACAAAAACUGACUUUCCAAGUUUAGCAAGUCAAAACAAGAUUGUUGAUCCCACAGAAGGAAAUCCGAUUGUGUUACUUCGUGACUUCUACUAUGGACAGCAUACAGGAGAUGGGCAGCCAGAACCGAAGACUCACACAGCCUUUAAAUGCCUCAGCUGCUUGAAAGUUCUAAAAAAUGUCAAGUUUAUGAAUCACAUGAAGCACCAUUUGGAACUUGAGAGGCAGAGAGGUGACAGCUGGAAAAACCACACCACCUGCCAACACUGCCACCGCCAGUUUCCUACUCCCUUCCAGCUGCAGUGUCACAUUGAAAGUGUCCACACUUCCCAGGAGCCCUCUGCUGUCUGUAAAAUCUGUGAAUUGUCCUUUGAGACAGAUCAGGUUCUCCUACAGCACAUGAAAGACAAUCAUAAGCCUGGUGAAAUGCCCUAUGUAUGCCAGGUCUGCAAUUACAGAUCAUCAGUCUUUGCAGAUGUGGAUGCACAUUUCAGAGCAUACCAUGGAAACACUAAGAAUUUGCUUUGCCCGUUUUGUCUCAAAAUUUUUAAAACUGCAACACCAUACAUGUGUCAUUAUAGAGGGCACUGGGAAAAGAGUUUUCACCAGUGUUCCAAAUGUCGGCUACAGUUUUUAACUUUCAAAGAGAAAAUGGAGCACAAGACCCAGUGUCAUCAAAUGUUUAAGAAGCCUAAGCAGCUAGAAGGAUUACCUCCUGAAACAAAAGUUGUUAUUCAGGUAUCACUGGAACCUCUUCAGCCAGGAUUGGUGGAAGUAGCAUCCAUUACUGUGAACACAUCUGAUUCUGAACCAUCACCCCCCAAAUCUAAAAGUAGGAUUUCAAAAAAACCCCGUUAACUCUACUUUCAGUAAGUCUGAAGCAAGUAUUUCAGUCAAAGUUAAAAACCCCAUUAAAAACAAAAAAUCCAAAUUAUAACAUUAUUCAAUAGUAUCAAAUAUAGUGAAA